UAUGCAGGUAUGAGUGCAGCAGUUUAUAUUUUAUCAACGGUUACGGGCUACGUGCUCACAUCUGUGUUAUUACUGAAAUGUCCGUCGCUGCUGCACCGCAGGAAGAGAGAGAGUUUCCGCAGCAGACACAUCUCACACCGCGGCGGUGCAGGUGAGAACCUGGAGAACACCAUGGCAGCCUUCAGGCAUGCUGUACAACUUGGCACCGACAUGCUGGAGCUGGACUGUCACAUGACCAAGGACGAGCAGGUGGUGGUGUUGCAUGAUUCCAACUUGAAGAGGUCGACUGGCAUUAGUGCCAACAUAUCGGAUGUGGCAUAUACUGACCUUCCACCUUACUUGUGUAAACUUGGUGUGAGUUUUAAGCGAGAGUGCUUCGUCGAAGGAGGUGAAGAUAAACAUAUCCCACUGCUGAGAGACGUCUUCGAGGCCUUCCCUAACACGCCCAUAAAUAUCGACAUCAAAGUUAAUAAUGACGAACUUAUCCGGAAGGUCUCGGAUCUUGUUACUAAAUACGACAGGGAGAGUCUGACUGUAUGGGGGAACUCCAGCAACUUAAUAGUUCAGAAGUGUUACAAAGAGAACCCGCGGAUUCCCUUGCUGUUCAGUUUACCCAGAGUACUGGUGCUUGUGGGGCUUUUCUACACAGGCCUUCUGCCCUUCGUGCCCCUUAAGGAGCAGUUCUUGGAGAUCCCAAUGCCUUCCAUUACUACCAAGCUCAGAGACCUCAGGAAAAUCACAAAGACUGAGCGAUUUAUCACUUGGCUGGCAGACAGACUUCUCAUGAGAAAAUCUCUGUUUGACCAUCUAACAGCCCGAGGAAUCCAGGUCUACGUGUGGGUGCUGAAUGAUGAGGAGGACUUUAAACGCGCCUUUGACCUUGGGGCCACCGGCGUGAUGACGGACUACCCCACCAAGUUAAAAGAGUUCAUGGAGAAGGACGUUCCUUCAAAAUCCAAGUGACCUGAAAAAAAAUACUCCAUUUUUUACUUCCUUUUGCAUUUCUCCUUGCUGCCUAUAAUCUUGUGUUUGCACAUUUGCAGAACAGUAGGGGCUGAGGGAAGGGUCCGGCCCACUAUUAAAUCAUGACUUUUACAGGUCGCAGUGGACAUCCCAGUUAAACCACUAGUACAUUUCCCCCAAGGCCUACCUGUUACUGUAUUUUAAAUGUUGUCAUCGCAGUACUGUUUUUGCUACAGUGCUGCC